ACGCUUCGGGUGGACAACUGUUGACAGUUAAACUCGGUUAAACUUUCGUUAACCAUGUGGUUAACAGACGUGGGAAUAAAUAGGGCGUGAAAGUGAAAGUGUAAUUCAUGCGUGAAAGAUGGAAAAUUGCAGCGAUAAUUACACCAACCAUAUUCCAAAUGUCGCUCAAAACAUAGAAGAUCUAGGUGGUUGUGUUUUUGUAGGAUAUAUUGGAGUAGUCACAUCUUCCCUUUUGCUUUGUCUCUACAUGUCCAAUGUGUUCAUUUUUAUUAAGAAGAACCCGUCAUGGGCGAGAAGACACCAAGCCUGGAUUACGUCCCUUCCAAUGGCAAUCUCAUUUCUUUCACUGUCAUCGUUUUUCGUCCCUCGAGCCGCCGUCACUUGCGAGACCAUCAAAUUCACAUACAUGCCGUUUAUUAUGGUGCAGUUCGUUGAAACUACAAUCGUUAUUUGCGGCGGCGAGAAAGUUCUGCUAGACGAUUUGAUCGGCCGAAAUGCUCAGUGGUAUUGGCUGGUGCCACCGUUUUGCAGCCUACGGUUCUUUCCAUUCACCAUCACCAAAUUUUGGCUACGCUGGAUCGUUGGUAUGAUUUAUCAAGCCCCCGUCUCCCAGUUGCUGUUGACCAUCCUAAUGGCCGUACUUGAACAGGCUGAAGUCCUGCGACGUGAUGACACGGGCGACGCAAUCUUUUGGAUCUUUCUUAUUCUGAACAUUUCGACGUUUACUGCGGGAUUGUUCUUUUUCAAUGUUCUCAUUGUUGGUCUCAGUUCCCGUUGUCCUGACUGUUCCUGGCCUGAAUGUCGCUGUCCUGAACGUCGAUCAUUCCUCGAGUUGAAAUGGCCAAAGUUUAUGAGGAAAUACUACGCACUUCUUUACUUCAUUUUUGUCCAAAAGGCUCAUGGCUUUUUAAUCAGCAUUUUUACUUUCAUCAAUCUAGAUUCUCCAAUUCUUACAUGGAAGACACUCGACGCGAUGGCAUCGAUGCUUGAAGCUUUCAUUUUUGGCAUACUCUUUUUCUGCUUCUUUAAAGAUGUCGUUGACGAUGACUCAGCCGCUAAUGUCGUCAACGAGUCGCUUCUACCUGCGCAACAAGCCAAUUCAACGAAUUAGUCCAAACUGUUUAAAAGUGCCAAAAUUUGAUGCCAUGACUUGUACUGACAUUCUUUUAAUUUUGCCAAAAGAAGAAUGUUCUAUAUAUGCAACUAACAAAAAAAUGCCAAAUUAGUUCUAAAUAUCGAUUACAAAGCAAAUGGUUUCUUUUUACCUUAUUUGCUCAAAUGUUAAAAUUUUUCGUUCAAAGUAGAUGAUAUUAACUGUUGCUUUAUUCAAUACAAAUUUUGUUUUUGUUCACAA